UCGUCCGUUGACAACAAACAUGAGUCGUGGGCGGACCGAAGAGGGACUCACAGGCAGAGUGGCAAUACAGACAGUAACGACGGAAAAACUGAGGCCAAAACUGUUGCCCGUUCCUCACAAGUUCUGUAAUUUAUUAGCCCUCAGACAGGGAACAGUGUUACCCGGUUCUGUGACGCUGUAAGUAACCGAAAGUGUCCGGUUUCUACAGCUAGAGGGAUUGCGAUGCCCUCUGACUUUAUCUCCCUCUUCAGCGGGGACCUCGACCUGAAUUCUCCCGGAUCCGUGUACUCUAAAGAUGCCUUGUCCUCUUCUCUGACCACGGAAGGGCCUCGCAGUGCUUUUUCCAUCUCUUCCAGCAGCACCAUGCAUUCCAGCACUUUGUCCAGUGACCUGAACACAGCUCACAGCAGAAAUGUUGAUCCCGAGGAUAGCAGGAGUAGCCGAGUGGUACCGGAGAUCGUCGGAGCAGAGGCUGGUAGUGGGAAGAGCAGCAACGGUGAGCUAGCCGGAGGACGCGGUGCAGCCUCUCAGGACAGCCAGCCACACCAUCAGCUGACGCCGUCCAAGCGUCGCACCAUCCUCAACAUCUCCCCGCCUCCACAAGACCUGUUCGACGACAGCCAUAUGUCCUGCCAGGAUGCGCCGGCGUCCUUGGACUCCGAGCAGAGUAACAGCAUCUGGAUGGAAGACUCCAUGUCCAACUUCAGCAUCAUGAGCACUUCUUCUUACAAUGACAACACAGAGGUGCCACGAAAGGCCCGCAAGCGCACACCUCGACAGAAACCAGGACCUAAGGCAGUGCGUGCAGAGAAAGCCAGCAUGGAUGUCUUCGAUGCGGAUAGCGCCAAAGCCCCACACUUUGUCCUGUCUCAGCUCGGCUCCGAGAACAAGGCCUCAACUAAAGGAAGUUCUGAUGAUCCUCAGACAACUAAUCAGAAGGGAGGGACGCUUACGAUGCAGUUCCCAUCGAAGUGUGAGGGGAAGGAGCUUAAAAUCCUUGUCCAGCCUGAGACUCAGCACCGGGCUCGCUACCUAACCGAAGGAAGCAGAGGCUCAGUGAAGGAUCGGACCCAGCAAGGCUUUCCUACUGUAAAGCUAGAGGGUGUGAGCGAGCCAGUGAUUCUCCAGGUGUUUGUUGGCAAUGACGCCGGGCGCGUGAAGCCUCACGGAUUUUACCAAGCUUGCAAAGUUACCGGUCGCAACACCACUGCAUGCAAGGAGGUUGAUAUUGAUGGCACAACUGUGAUUGAAGUGUCCCUUGACCCAAGCACCAGCAUGACACUGGCAGUCGACUGUGUUGGGAUCUUAAAGCUCCGUAAUGCUGACGUCGAGGGUCGUAUCGGUGUGGCCGGGUCAAAGAAGAAGAGCACACGCGCUCGCUUGGUGUUUCGGGUCAACAUCCUCCGCUCAGAUGGAUCAGUGCUCACUCUGCAGACUCCCUCAUCUCCAAUCUUGUGCACCCAGCCUGCAGGGCUACCAGAAAUACUGAAGAAGUCACUGCACACUGGUUUGGUAAGGGGCGGAGAGGAGGUUUUUAUUAUUGGCAAGAACUUUCUGAAAGACACUAAAGUCAUAUUUCAAGAAAAUGUUUCAGAUGAGAAAUCGUGGAAGUCCGAGGCUGAAAUUGAUAUGGAGCUGUUUCACCAGAAUCACCUGAUCGUGAAGGUACCCCCAUAUCCAAACCCGGCCAUCACCUCUCCCGUCUGUGUGGGAAUCUAUGUGGUGACAAACGCUGGCAGGUCCCAUGAUGUCCAGCCAUUCACCUACACUCCAGAUCCAGACACUCUUGCAGUACAAAAUGAAAUUCCUGUAAAGAAAGAGAUAACUUCUCCAGUGAAGACCUGCUCCUAUGAUGAGCAACUCAAAGCUGUAGAUAGUGCCUUGAUGCCUUCGAUGUUGCCUUUAGUGAAGAGAGAAGAUGUCACCCCAAUGGAGGUGACAAACAACCUUCAGGCCUCUGGAGUUUUUAAGCAGAAUGGUGAUCUUUGUGCACCGCAGCCAAACCAAGAAGUAGCUACAGCACAUCUAAAUAAAAGCCUAGUUUUCAGCAAUAACUUACCUCAGCCUGCAGGCGAUCCAGAUAAAACCCAGGCUGCUGCUUUUACCAAUGUCGAGCCUUUAAGCACCAUCCAGAAGCAGGAUAUUGCUGCUAGCAACUCAUUCCCUUUGGCUGCAGACUCUCUGCUCCCACAAGGCUCCCAGCAGUUCCUCUUGGAGCCCAGAGACAGUCUCAUGCAGGAGAGGUCAGGCAGCACUUCUGGAGGAGUGGGCAGGCUGUGUGUUGAACCUGCACCCCAGCAACCGCAGCCACAGCCACAGCUACAGCUGCAGCUCUUCCCCGCAGAUGAAGUAGCUCAGCUGGAGGAGGCAGUGAGACAACUUAAAGCUAAAGGAUACUGUAACUUACCAAUUCAGGCAGACAACCCUAUAAGCAAACAACAACAAAUCCAACACCAGCAACAAAUCCAAAAUGAGCAAAUUCAGCAGCAACAACAACAAAUUCAACAACAGCAACAACACAUCCAGCACCAGCAACAGAUCCAAACCCAGCAGAUUCAGCAGCAACAACAGCAGCAAAUUCAACAGCAGCAGGUGUUGGAGAAUUUACAGCAGCAAAUCUUUCAGUCUCAGAUCCAGAUGCAGUGUGGCAUGUUUCAGGAUACUGCCCAGACCAAGAACUCUGACCUUCAAGGUUCACCGCAAGGAGUGGUGACUAACCAGGCAUCACUUUACCCACCGGAGCAACAGCAGCAGCAGAAUCAGCAGCAGCAGCAAGCUGCACUUUUUCAGCAGGCAAACGAUCUUUGUUCAAUGCAGACCGGCUUCCUCCAGCAGACCCCUGCGCAUCCCUCUCCAACCAUGUUCCACAAUCCCAGUCCUUUGGCAGAAACACAAGAUCCACAGGCAUCAAUGUUUCAGAAAGCCUCCCAGGAGCAAGUCCAGGCUGCUCUUUUCCAGAGCACCAUGACAGUGCUACAGUCUCAAGAGCAACAGCAAUCCCCCACUGGACUUUUCCUUCCCCAAACACCACUGGCCACCCAGCUUACAGCUAGCAGUUCUAAACAACAGCAGCAGCAGCAACAACAACAACAACAACAACAACAACAACAGCAGCAGCAGCAACAACAGCAGCAGCUGGCCUUCCUUAAUGCUCUACAAUCCUCAUCCCCUGAACCACAAUCAGUAUUUCAGACCCAGGCCCAGAUGUCCCCCAUGCAGCAGAGAAGCCCCAUGGAGCAGCAGCAGUCACCACAGCCUCCGCCACUUACACAGCCAUCCCCACAGCCAGCCAUGUUUCAGAGCAUAUCCCCUCAUUCAUCUUCAAACACACUCGCUCCAGGCCAGCAGCAGCAACAGCAGGCUGGCUUAAUGUUCUGCGAUAACAACCUGUCCACACAACCCCAGGCACCUAACCUCAUUUUUGCCAGUCAAGGCCAAAUGCCUCCCCUCACCACCAGCAGUCUAGUUUCACAGGAGUCCCAAAACCCCUCUCUGCUGUUUUCCCAAGGCAGCACGGUGGCUGUUAAUCAGCAGAACCAACCUGAGCCCAUGGCCUUAGGAAAUCUCACAAAUUCACCACAGCAAGUCAUUUUUCAGGAGCAGCAGCCAAUGCAGUUAGGCGGCAGCCCCAACAACCAACACGAUCAGCAAGUGGGUCUCUUCAUCCCUCCAUCCAACAUGCCUCCUCUGCAGGGGGGACUAGCUGUGCCGGAGCUCACACAGUCGGCCAUGUUUGCCUCCCAGAACGGUGUGGCAAACCUUCCAGCGACAGCCUCCUCUCCUGUCCAGCAGCCAGGAAGUUUGUUUCAGCACGGCGUGAGUGGGAACAUCAGUCAGCCCAGCCAGCCUCAGCAGCCUGGCCUCUUCAUCUUUGGGAUACAGAACGGAUGUGACCAGCUGAUGAACAGCCCUGGAAACACGGUUUCAGAUCAGAUCAUAGCAAUCAGCCAGUCGAGUCAGAACCAGCAAGAGAGCGAGGCUCGCAUCCAGUCCCUGCUCAGCCAGUCUAUGUCCCAGCCAGGGACUACUGUACAGGGCAGCAUGGAGGUCUCCCAGAACAUGGAGAAGAUCAAUGACCUGCUAGUCAGCCUGCAUGAAUCAGGCGGUACCCUUACUCGGUCGUUCUAGAUGAUAGAUAGAAGCUCAUGAGUUUGUAUUUUAUUUUUCACUGAAGAAAUCUGGAAAAAUUGUCAAAUAUGCGGGAAAGGUCCAAAUGUUAUGUGUGAUUACUACACGCAGGUCUGCUUCUGCCGCACCAACGAUGUAUUCAGAUAGCUGCUGGCCUUUUCUCAGCCAGUCUCUUCAGUCAAAAAUAGUGACUAAUGACUAAUGUAAAUAACAGUGACUUUGAAGGCAAACUAGAUCAUUACUUUAUAUGCAGAUACAAAAGCCAGGAUUUAGGAAUGGGUUGACAAUGACCAAGCAGACAUCUUUUCAUAUCUCUCAAAGAAUGGCUGACUCCCUAUUUUUAAAACCCAUGUGAAAAUAGUGACCAACCGCUUGGCGUGUCUGAUUGGAGAAGUGGUAUUGAAACCUUUAUUUGCUUUCGCUUUCUCUCUGGAAAGACUUUAAGCUUGUCAGGCCUGAUAAUCAUCGGACUUGUUUUUAACUGUAAAUAGGUAGAACUUGAUGUUAUCUUUAGCAUGCUCCAGUUGUUUGUGUUUUGUCUCUCAUAGAGUUAGCAGUUUCUGUGAAUAUAUUUCCCUUAAAUCUUAUUUUCUACCUCGAAUUAAUGUUAUUAUGUUGCAUGAAAGAUGGACCGUGUGGCAUAGAUUUAAACGUCAUGGUGGUAUGUUUGGUUGAACUGGAAGGUAGCUACUGUUUGAAAUAAUGCUUGUCUGUAAAAGAUGUCUAUAGAGGAAAAGAGAGAAAGCAAAGAAAUAUGAAGUUAAAGAACUGUAGAAUUGAACAUAAAAGGUUUAAUGUAACUUUGUUAUGGAUGUAUGAUUCUGUGGCCUUUUCUAAUCAUCUCUUUGCUGCCCUAAUUAAAUAUAUCUGCCCUUGUUGCUUA